AUGGCAAUAGAUUGGUCUAGUCGUGUGGUGCGAACGCAGUUAACCUGCUUUGUCCUGUUAUGUUUCUGUCUUCUGCUGAUGCUGAUAGCAACUUUAACACCAGCGUGGCAGGUGGCUGAUGAUGUGGAUGCAAAUCAGUAUGUUCAAAGUGGUCUUUGGAUGUACUGUCCAGGAUCAGCCCAAUGUUGGUACAUAUUCAACGAUGACGCUGUGAACUUUUAUGAGAAAACUAAAGUGUGUCGGUUUUUCCUGUUUGGAGACUGUCGUAAAAAAUUGGUUCGAACACCUUACUUCUUUAGUUGGCAUAAAGCUGUAUUUAUAGUGAUGCUGUUUGCACUUGUUUUUGGUCUGAUAUCGGCUAUUAUUCUAGCAAUAAGUUUGUUUGGCAGAAAGCUCGUUCAGACGUCAACAAUCCUCUUUAAUAUCUUAACGUUCUUAACAUGUAAAGUUCUUCUCAUUUUGCUAGUAUCAAUUGGACUGGCCGUAUUUGUGACUAAUGCAGAAAUGUUAGAAUCAAAAUACCACAUUGGUGUCAAACAGACGUUUAGGAAAGAAUAUGGUUAUUCGUUUUAUGUGGCUGGAAUUUCGGUACUUUUUCUGCUCUUUUCACUUUUGGGAGGUAUUACUCUUGUUACUUAUGUAUUCUUCUCACGCGAAAAACAUGACCACAGUGCAUUACCUGGAAUGGAGGACGAUGAAAUGGAGUGGAAAAGAAGAAAUUUUAUUGAACGUAUGCAGGAACCAGAACCGCAGUUUGAUCAACCGAUUUCUGAAUAUAGUUUUCCUGUCUUAGAACAACAACUGUUUGACCAUCCUCCAAGACCAGGAAGUCUGAUGAACACGCACACAAUCAUUUCACAACACGAUCCUGAAUUUCGACAGCCUUCUAGAAUUUUUGAAAGCUGCUAUUGA